AUGCAAUAUACAAAAAGAGCCCUGGGUUGCAUGUAUGGACAAGUAAUUGGUGAUUCAUUAGGGUCUCGAUAUGAAUUUCAGUCAGCUUCAGUUGUUCAACGAAUGAUAACCGAUGAUUUGGUACAGUCUUUUCUACCAAUAAUUGGUGGUGGACCGCUUCAAUUAUUGCCGGGACAGGAAAAGUUUGAAGAUAUUGCAGCUAAAAAAACUUCGAAGUCUUUACCAUUAAGAAAAAGCUUAAUCCGUUGUGGUGCUUUUAAUGCGGCUAAUGUUGCUUGUAGUUAUGUGUUUUGGAGUCAGUCUAAACCACCGGAUAUUGGAAACGCUACUCGAAAUGCGCUAACUAUCGAAAGACAACUGUCACCGAAUUGGCACGAUGAAUUGAGUGAUAUCGAGAAAGAAGCAGUGCAUCGAGAGAUAUUGAAUAAUGUGAGAAAUUAUAAUGUUGGCAGUUUAAGUAAUGGAUGCCUCAUGCGAAUAUCACCUCUGGCUAUCCAUUCUAUUAAUAUGCCCAUAGAGCGAGUAGAGGAAAUGGUUCGCACAGAUUGUUCACUUACACAUUGUGAAGAGGACGCUAAACAAGCCGUAUUUUCUUACGUUAUUGCGAUACGACAUUUGCUUAAUGGGAAUAGCAAUAAGGAAGCAUUUGAAGUAGCAUUGAAAUCAACUAAAAGUAUGCGUAUCCGUGAACAUUUGUUGACUGCUCAAGAAAAACCUGUACCUGUCAACAUUGGAGAUCAGUUUGUGAAUGGCGAUGGGAAAGCGAUGGGAUAUAUUGGAGUAGCUCUGCAGAGUGCUUUUUAUGAACUUCUUCACGGUAUAUCGUUUACGAAGUCAUUAGUUGAUGCAAUAUCACGUGGAGGGGAUACCGAUACAAAUGGUGCCAUUGUUGGAGCUUUACUUGGUGCUCGAUUUGGUAUUGAUGACGUUCCAGAAAAAUGGAUAAGUACAAUGAAAAAAAGCAAGCCACGAGCUAAUUUUAAUACUAUCGAUUAUAAUAUUGAACGAAUAGUCAAUAAAUUACUAAUAAUGAGUUGA